AUGGCUCGAGAAGCUCAAAGGCCAUUUCCUUCCAUUAACAUCCUCAUCAUCCUCUUCUUCUUCUUCUCCUUCACCCUCAGUCCAUUUUCACCUCAAGCAGUCUCUGCUUCAGUUUUCAAAAGACUUCAGCUCUUCUCAACAGAAAAAGCUCAGCCCACCUCGACCUCCUCCGUUUUGUCCCUCUCCCUACACCCUUAUUCAUCCAUCAUAAAGCCGCCAAACAACAACUACUCCGACCUCGAAUGUGCCUCACUGGGCGAAAACCAAAAUUGCCAAGCUGACCCGUGUAUGUUUAUAACGAGCUACGGAGAUAGAUCCACUGUUGAGGGAGAAUUCGCCACUGAAACGGUGUCGUUUGGAAGUUCAGGUUCGGUUGAUAAAGUAGCCAUCGGGUGCGGCCAUAAUCAACGAGGGGGGGCGUCUGGGAUACUUGGUCUUGGGGGCACUCCUGUAAGCUUUCCUUCUCAAAUUCAAGCGACGUCCUUCUCCUACUGUCUCGUGGAUAGAGACUCGGGCAAGUCCUCGACUCUUGAGUUUAACUCAGCUCCACCUGGUGACUCAGUCCUCGUUCCCUUGAUAAUCAAUCGAAGAAUUGAGGUUUUUUACUACGUGGAGCUCACGGGGAUUACCAUUAAUGGAGAACAAGUACCCAUUCCCGCAUCAGCUUACCAAAUAGGCCAAGAUGGAAGUGGGGGAAUUGUAGUUGACUCGGGCACCACCAUAACGGCGUUGCCAGAUGAGGUUUAUAACUCGGUCCGUGAUACGUUUGUUAAGUACGCUAAAGCCUUGACUCGCACGAGCGGCUACGAUGGUGGUCUAGUUAAAUUUGACACUUGCUAUGAUCUAUCGUCAAACCCCACAGAUGGCUAUCCAACGAUGUCGCUUGAUUUCUCUGGGGGCAAAACGCUGCCGUUGAGGCCUGCAAAUUACUGGUUUCGUGUUGGUGAUAGUGCCAAGAAUUGUUUGGCUUUUACUGUCACUACGCAAUCUGUCUCAAUACUUGGGAAUAUACAGCAGCAAGGGAUGAGGGUUAAUUACGACCUUGCCAAUAAGAUGAUUGGUUUUAGUCCGAAUCAAUGUUAG